AUGCACGUUCUCAUUGUUGGAGCUGGCACCGGCGGGCUUACUCUAGCCCAGAACCUCCGAAAGCAGGGCAUUUCAUAUGAGAUCUUUGAGCGGGACGUAGACAGCAAUGCGCGCUUCCAGGGAUGGGCUAUUGCUCUACACACGAUCGUCGAUGAACUCAUCUCCUCUCUCCCGUCAGACCUACCCGAUGUCAGAGAAGCCACUAACCACCUGGCCCCAUUGACACUUCCCGGCCAGUUCCGUUACUAUUAUGGUGGAAAGGAUCAGGGUUAUGGAUUCGAGGAUUCCGCCGAAGUGCCAUUUAUUCGUGCAGAGCGGUCUCUUCUUCGGAAGUGGCUUCUGACCAAUCUGGAUGUCCAGUGGAACAAGCAUGCUAUUCGGAUUGAACAUGAUGACGCAGGUGUCGAGGUAUUCUUUAACGAUGGCACAAGUGCUAAGGGAGAUAUCGUCGUUGGUGCCGAUGGCGUUUACAGUCCUGUUCGAACUACUCUUCUCCAACGCCCUAGCAGCGACCUCCUCCAGGUUGUCCCUCUAAGCGCCAUUGUGGGCGAACUGAAUCUAUCCGGCGAGGCCUUCACACGCCAGCUCGCUCUAGGCCACAGCGCCUACAACCUCGUCAACCCGGAACUUGGCUUCAUCGGGUUCGUCGGACUCCAUAAGGUCCUUCCAGAUGCCAAGUCUGGGCGCUUCUACUGGAUGUUCAUGCAACCCGAUGCGGAUGUCAACAGCUCCCAACAUUGGCUCCAGACUUCCAGCCAGCAGGAAAAGCUAGACCAUGUCCUCAAAACCACAGCAGGACUGCCUGCCAAGCUGCGAGAGAUUUUCGAACUUACCCCAGCCGAGGGAAUCCGCAAGGAGCCGCAUAUCUGGCGCGACCUUGAACUCGAAAGUCUGCCUUCCAGUCGUGUCGUGCUAUUGGGAGAUGCGGCACACGCAAUGACACCGUCCCGUGGCGAGGGUGCUUUCCAUGCUUUCCUCGAUGCGAUUAAGUUGACUAAAGUACUGGCCAAGUUGGAAGCUGAUGGCAGCGUCCAUGAUAUUGAUGUUGUGAAGGCUGCGGUCGCUGGUUACCAUGAGGAGAUCUUGAGAAGGGGUGGUGCGGCGGUCCGGGCUUCGAGAUCCUCCUACCAGGAUUCGAAGAAGCGGGCGGAGACUGGAGAACACUUUAUCACUGGAAUGAUAAAGUUGUCUGAUGCACCGAUUGUGCUUGAUGUCAAGGCCUGA